CGCAUAAAUCGCCCAAAUCAAACCCAAUCGCCACCAGCCGCGCAAAUCGCCCAAAUAAAACCCAAUCGCCACUAUUCAGAUCUAAACCGCCCAUUCAAAAUUUUUCGUCGUCUUCUUCGCGAAAACUCUCAAGAACCCUAGGUCUUUCUCUCUCAAAUUCUCAAUCAAAUUUCUGAGAAAAUGAAGGUUGUCGGCGCUAAUAUUCAUUUUUAGAAGUUAGAAGCCAAGUGCUCCUCAUCGACAUUCUUUCAAAGCUAUCUGGAAAUGAUAGCCGCUCAAGAACUCUCAGAAUUUCUUCAAAUGGAGAUUCGCCUCAAAUUCGAGGAAGAAGUUCUUGAAUUCUACAGAAAUGGAGAAGUCAAAACUGCUCAUUCAAAGAAGGACCCACAGCGGACAUUUCCGGUCAUCAUGUCCACUGUUGGAGGUACGAAAGUGAAGCUUUCGCAGAAGAAAUUGGGAGAAAAGCUUCGCCUUCCCAACUCUGGGAUUGAAAUUGGGAAAUUUCCAGCCAAAAAUCUGGACUGGAACAUCAUUGGAAUUUCUGGGCAAAUUCCUUCUGGCCCGGCAAAGAAAGCAGAUCUAAACAACGACUACAAGUUGAUUUUAGAACUGGUCAUCGCCUGCCUCGAGUGUGGAAGUGGAGGUCACGCCGAUGACAUCACCCAGGAGAGAGCCUUCAUCAUCAACGCUCUCAUUACCAAAACUAAGAAUGAGGAGGUUAUCAAGAAGUGCUUAGGAAUACCAGUCAACCACAACUGUGAAGACAUUUUGAAUGACUACUGGGUAUGGCAAAAGAACCCUGAAGACCUGCAUAUGGAAUACCUGGCCAAUACACCAGUUUCAGACUGUGAAGCAGAUGAUGAAGACACUGCAGUCUUCAAGCCAGUCUUCUCAAAAGUCACAGAAGACCAAGUGGCUCUUACUUCUGUGGAAGCAGCAGUUGAGGAUUUCCAAACAUUUCCGGAAACCUCACCUGCCUUCGAAACGGAAACCUCACCUGCAUUUCAGGUAACUUCUCAUGCUUCUGAAAUGGUUCUAACUGAAGUUGUUCAAGAGAAGGCAACUUCUCCCCCACAAGAACAGAACCAGGAAACAGCAGCAGAAGAAGAAAUUCAGCAACUAAUCCAAUCUCAAGUUUUAGAGACUCUCACAACUCCUGGUGAGAUCUCCAAUUAUACAGAAACUGAGAUCCCGGAGAAGUCAGCAAAAAUUCCAGAACAGUCAGCUCUUCCAGAAACAAUAGAGCAAGCUGUUGAAGUGCAAAGGAACUCUGGAGAAGCUGAAAAGGAAACUCAAAUGGCAGAAGUGGAGGUUUGUCAAACUCCAGUAACCAUUUUUGAAGACCAGAAUACAGAUGAAGAAAGAGACUCCCUUUCUAGGGAUAUAUCAAACUUUGCGCUUGAUGAAGCAGAAGGUGAAUCUGAAAGAACACUGAAGGUCAUUGAUGAAGAAGAUGUACAAGAAGAUGCUGAAUCUCUUCCUAUGCAACUCUUCCAAAGGACACAAUCUUCUCAUCAGGUAACCAACUUUCAUUUUCAUAGCUCUUCCACUCAUACCCUUCCGGAUGAGAUACCGGAAAUCUGGACAAAGAAGGUCCAAGGGCUGAUUGAAUCAGCCCUACCAUCUCAACAUGCCUCCUUUAGGCAAGAGAUAGAGCAAAUGGAAGCCAAGAACACUCAACUGCUAGAGAAAUCAGAAAAGAAACACAGCGCAGAUCUAAAGGAGAUAGGUACAUCAGUAUACAAGACUCUAGAGAUCAUCUCUCUAUUGAGUAACACUGUGAGCAACACUAUGGAAAUAUAUGCCUCUGAUAGUCAACUUCAAUUCAAAGAAUUCAACAAAAUCAAAGAGCAGAUAGCGAGUGUCACAGUUGGUCUACAAAAACAGAUGUCUCUUCUCCAAAUGGACAUCAGAUCAGUCAUAGCAGUAGGUUCUGCAAAUCAGGCAGUGACCAAAGACUACUUGAAGGUGAUCAUUGACAAUCAAAAGGAAGCAUACAAGCUGUUCAGACUUAUUGGUGCACAUUUUGGGAACCGCAAGAUGGAAGUAAUUCUCCAACAACACAGUCCAUCUCCAAUACCGCAGCUCCCUAUUGCAGUCAAAGAAGGAGAAGCAUCUUAUAUCCCUUCUCAUCUGAACAUGACCAAUCUAAUUCUUGAAGCACAGCAAAGAAAUCCGGAAAACUCAGCACAACACCUAUCCAGCUCAGGACUUGAUAGAACAGAAUUUAUAGGUGCAGUUGUUGACCACUUCUCAGAUGCUGCUCAAUCGGAGGAAAGGCGUGAAAAUUUAAGGCGCAUCAAAGAACUGUGUGGGAACAUGCAGGGCAUCAGUGAGAUUGCCGGAUCUUCAAAACGCAAAAGGAACUGAAGGUUCUUUUCAUCAAACCAGGGGGAAAGUAUGUGAAAACACUAAUUUGCUUUGAUGAAAACACCUUCUUGUUUAAACAUUGCUUAAUUGGUUUAAACAUUGCAACAUUGCUUCAACAAUUGUCUUAAUUGCGCUUAUUAUGCUUAUCUCAAGUAUGAUUCUGUCUUAAUUUUUUCUGAAGCGCAUACAUUCAGGGGGAAUAUAAUUCAGGGGGAACU